UUGAGCAUGUCUCUUCUUCAUGCUGUUGAUGAAGCCGUCAAGAUGUGCAAAGCUGAAGAAUCAAGACUCACUGAAAACAUCCGACAGUGCAAGGAGAUUUUACGCUCAAUGAGAACGCGUGUGACAGAAACCAGUGAGCUGGAAACUGCAGCAGCCAUCGGUACUAAAGAUGCAGAUAUUCUGCCUGAAGAAAAACAAGACAUUGAAUUGUUGGAGCAGGUUUUAAAAAAAGCCCUGAAAAUCCGCAGCACAUCUGAGGCUCAUAAAGAUCUUCACCCAGACAGUAAACACCCUAAUGAGAGAAAAAAUACAGCACUCAUUAAUUAUACUGUUAAAGAGGGAGAUAAAAGAAAGCUGGUGGAAUCUGUCCCUCUGUCUGAGAUGUGCAAAAAACCCAUUCAUCAGAGACGGGUCGGAGGGAAUCUGACCCAUGGGGCCCCCUGGACGCGGCCGGUUCUGGUCCGGAAGAGACCGACUGCUCAUCAGGUGGUCAGUGGAAGCCCGUCAGUCCCAAAGAGCGCUUCAGCAAAGAUCUCUUCCACACGAUCCCAGCAGAAGAUGUGUGUCAAAGCCACGAACGCUGAAGAGUCAUCUGAAGAUAAUUCCCCAUCAGUCUCCUGCCAAGAAGUCUCAGCAUCUGGUAAAGAUGGGAAAGUCACAACAGGAAGUGUGCAGUCUAAGGAGCAAUGGAUACCAUCUCCUUUGUUACCAUCUUGGCGUGCACAGAGAACAAAACAGAAGCGAUUGUGGAAGAAAGUGUUAACCCAGCAAUCAAAGCCAGUACCAGAGAGAACCAAAUUCACAGAGAGACUGCGAGACACUUUCCCGUCCGAAUUGCCUUCUGUAUGUCCUGCUGAUAUCACAACAGAGCUGGACGUGCUUACACAGCGCUGUCUUGACCUGACGCACUGCUUCAAUGCUGAGCUACAGGCCCAGAAGGACUCAGAUUCAGGGACCUUGCGUGAGAGAGAAUAUGAGUCCUUGCGGAUGCUGGAGGGUUUGGAGAGGAUGACGGCAGAACUUAUUGCGUGUGCUGAUCAUCGCAAGAAAGACUGGGAGAGGUGGGAUAUGAGGAUCUCUGGAGCUUUGUGUCCCGUCCGGAGGACAGGUGAAUGGGGCGACCCGGCCCGUUCCUGGCUGCCGCCCGUCCUGUCGUACAGCAAUGAGGCUGAACUGAGAGAGCUGGAAAGCCAAAGGCUCAGAGUAGAACAACUUCAGCAGGCUGUUCGUCUUCAGCAGGCGAUGUCCGAUAGCCUUGCGUCUUACUGGAGCUCUCGUCCCGGAGCCGCUGGACCCAGUGCUGUGGUUCUGCGGGGCUUGUACUCGCUGCUGGCGGAGGGAGGAGUUCAGUUUCCAUCUCUGGUUUUGGAUUCGGAGUCAGACUGAGCAAAAACAAGACUGUAUUUCAGGGUUAGUGGACUGAAUUCCCGGAAGCACGGCAGGGAAGUUUUCCUGCGAACUGACGCAAAAGCCGCUCUCCAGAGCUCUUCUCCUGAGAUAAACUGUAAGCGUGUUCUGUGUGUGCAUUUGGCUCGGAAGUUUAACAAUCGGUCACGUGACGGGAGAGUGCAGCUGCUGCUAAGAAACUCAAAUAAAGCUUCCA